AUGGGAGUUGGAGCGAUCCUUGAACCGCUCAUCGUCGUGGUCCUGUUGUUUGGCGGAACAUGGAUUAAUCGCGUCGUGAACCCUUCCUCGUAUAGUCGGCGGAAAUCAAAUCUGCCACGGACGGCUUCGUCCGACUCGUUGGAGUCUGGUUACUCGACCUCGACCAAGGAUGGCCUGCUGGGCUCCCGAUCUCACUCCCCGCUGCCCGACGAUCGUUGGCAUAAGCGAGAAGUAGGCCUCUUGGGAUUCAAAUAUGAAGUGCCCUCGCCCAACACGAUCGUCUUUCAAGACCGACUGCUGAGUCGUGUACUGCGAAAGUUCCCAUUCUUGGUGGAGUGUUGGUACUGGGCAUUAGUGUAUUGGACAUACCAGCUUGGUCGCGCCUUCACCGCCGUCACCCUCAAGGAUGAUACCGUCGACAUUGCCAGGAAACAUGCAUUGCAGUUGAUCAACAUCGAGGUCAAGCUGGGCAUCUUCUUCGAGACCGCGAUCCAACAGAGUUUCCUUCGCCAUGCCACCCGAAUGGUGUGGAUCAAUUGGAUAUAUUCAUUCAUCCACAUCCCCGGCACCAUCGCAUUUCUCGUCUGGCUAUAUUACUACACCACGGUGCGCAACCGGGUCGACGAGACCCAGUCUGGGAAACCCAAGGGCGUUGUGAGUGGAUCGCCUGCUGGUCCGCUGCUCUACCAAGCCCGUCGGCGAACACUGGCCGUGUGCAACCUGCUUGCUUUUGUGGUUUUCACUCUGUGGCCCUGCAUGCCACCUCGACUGUUGAGUGAUCCCGCCCCAGAAGGGCGUGAUGCGGAAGUGGGUCGGAGUUAUGGCUUCAUCGACACUGUGCAUGGUGAGAAUGGAGCCGGGAGUGUGUGGACAGAGAACCGCUUCUGCAAUCAGUACGCGGCAAUGCCUUCAUUACGCACCGUUUUGCGCUCUCGACUGACUCGGUCCGUACGGUUGACCAUUCCCUCGUGGCGUCGUCUGCUGUGCCUUGCCCUCGGAUUCCUGUACCCCUUCACCAUCCUCGUCGCCAUUGUCGCUACCGCCAACCACUUUAUCCUCGAUGCGGUUGCCGGUGCUUUGGUAUGCGGGCUGGGCUGGUGCUUCAAUGGGGUCUUGCUGAACCUCCUCCCACUCGAGGACUACUUCCUCUGCCUGGUGCGUAUCCACAAGCCGGAGCCUUCGCUCAUGGAGAUCGGGGAGAGUCGCACUCCCAGCGAGAAUGGUUCAGAAUACGGUAACCCAUAA